CGGCAGACAGCCGUGCCAGUCAAUGUUGUCCCGGGGACAGUCCAGGCUGCUCCACGCUCUGGAAAGCUCCAGCUAACACCAGCCGACUAUAAACCACUUGGCUAUAAACCGGUUUUUCUUCCAGAAUGUCUUAUUUUUUAGGAGAGACACAUUGAUGAAAAUUGCCUGAUGAAAACCGGAGCGGGAGGAACCGUCGGUCCAAAGAAAGAGAAUCCAUGGCAAAGUGGCUAAAGGACUACCUAAACCUUGGCAGCAGGCGUGAUCCUCCUCAGCCACCGAGGCCAGAUUACACUGAGAGUGAGAUAUUGAGGGCCUACAGAGCUCAGAAGGAGCUGGACUUUGAGGACCCCUACCAACACUCGGAGAAGGAGCAUCAGAAUGGGGGCUUUGGCUCUUGCACCACAACAGUGAGCCUCCCCUCCUUCCCUGCGUUUGGCUCUGUGGUGUCUGACGGUGUGGAGGUGAAAGUUGUGUCUCCAAAACACAGACUAAUUAAAGUGGACUCUCAGGAGUUUGGCCGCUGUAAAAUUCCUCUCAGUCCAGUCACUGUUCGCGAAGAACCUGUGGUUCCUUCCGCCCCGGCAGCAUCAGAUGGUGAAACGGAUUACUCUGAUCCCUUUGAUGCGCGUCCAAACCCGAGAGGCCGACCGAACUGGGAGCUCAAAUCUGCACCGACAGACUGCUGCAGCUACAUGGAGCCAUUCGAAGCCCAGCGGAUCAUUGCAGAUCUGCAACACACCGCAAUGACGAACAGGAGCCCGAGCGGAGACGGUGGCCAGUUAUACGAUAACCCGUAUGAGGAAAAGAGCCGCCAUCAGCAUCGAGCUGCUCCACCAGCGCAGCAGCAGCAGCAGAAAAGCGACGCUGGAGCUGCCCUGAUGGACAGCAGGGAGAGCCGGCUGCCUCAGGACGACGAGAGGCCGGCCGAUGAGUACGACCAGCCGUGGGAGUGGAAGAAAGACAACAUCUCUAAAGCUCUAGCAGUUCAGUUCGAAGGAGCAGAAAGGGAGCGCUCCCGAGCUCAGCCGGAGCACACGAGGUUUGCCAAGACGGGCUCCACGUCGUCCGCGUGCGACGCCACGACUCUGCGGCUUGUUGGCGACACGCCUCCUCUGCUGGGUGAGAGGGUGGAUCCGUCUCUGCCCCUGGAGAAGCAAGUGUGGUAUCACGGCGCUCUGAGCCGCUCAGAGGCAGAGUCUCUGUUGACUCUGUGUAAAGAGAGUUCAUACCUGGUUCGGAAAAGCCAGACCUGCCAGAACGACUACUCUUUAUCACUCAGGAGUUGUAAAGGCUUCAUGCACAUGAAGUUCACCCAGUCCACAGACGGCCGCUACGUUCUCGGCGAAAACAGUCCUCCUUUCUGCACCAUCCCCGAGGUCAUCCACUACUACACCACACACAAACUGCCCAUCAGGGGAGCCGAGCACAUGUCCCUGCUGUACCCCGUCAUUGUGCAGACCCUCUGACACUGACGCACACGCUCCCGUUCCGCCUGGUGCUACUGAAAGCAACGUCUACUCAACAUUUACAGAUUACGUCUUCACAUUUUUUCCACUGCGACCCUCCAAACGCUGCCCUGUAGAAGUUGCUUGGUGCCAUGUUUUCAGUGUGUUGGCAUGAAAUCUUUGUUUUAAUAUCAAGAAGGGCGUUUUAAAGUGUUUUAAGACGGCAGAAUUGAUUUAAUGUUCUUCAAUCUGUGUAUUGCCUUCAUGCAGUCAAAGGAUAUACUUUAGUUUGUGCCAAUAAACCAUAAAUUUUUUUGUUUUUCUCCCGUUACUCUCAUGUGGUUUUCUCUGGAUAGCCAGGUUAUUAAAAAUACAGUCAACAAACAACGCUAUUAUUGCCCUUGAAGUAUCUGUUACUAAAUGACCCACCCUCUACACCAGUAUCAGUCAGCCUGGCCUUCCUUUGCUUCCUUGGACUCUGGUUUUUCAGAGGCUUGUGAAUGUCCUGCAAUGUUGCAGCCAUGCACCCUGCAGUGUUCUUGUUUCAUCAUGUUGCUGUGUCACGUUAACUUGACAACAAACUCCUGCAAUAUUAGUUUAGAGAGUAUUUACUACAGUGUUAUACAGAAAGAUUAUGGCUUUGUGGUCCUGAUUAUAAAAGAAACUUUGAUAGGUUAUUUACUGUGCUAUUUUAUACGACUCUAAAUGUAAGCUCAAAAUAAAGGUGUUCUGUUUUCCACUU